CAAUACAUAUGCAAAGAUUAAAAGUUUAGCGCCCCGAAGUAUCGAGUGCGUACGGGCUUAAUAUAUGAGUUUAAGAAUUUAUCAAAUCGAAUUUAUUAAAAGACUAUACUUUUAAUCGAAUCUAAGACUUAUCGAUUGGAGAGUUUCAAUUUGGAACAUAUUAAUUGGGACUUCCCACAAUUUCGAGAUCACACGAUCUAAUCGAAGAGCACGCUCACAAUGAGUGACAUUGGCCAAGAUCCCUACGACGUUUUGGAAUUGCCCAGAAACGCCACGGAAGAUGAGAUAAAAGAAGCAUUUCGUAAGUUGUCCCUGCUAUGGCAUCCGGACAAAAACCCCAAUGGAACGGAGCAGUUUCGUGAGAUCUACAAAGCUACCAAGCAGCUCUGAUGGCCGCCAAAAACCGUGCAUCCUACGAUUCCUUCAUUUUACAAACAAGAGACCCCGGGAUUCUCAGUACCGUCAAAAACUAUAAUGUAUCUGGUAAACUGGUUAGAUUGGCUAAGACAUGGUUCCCAAUGCCCUCCGCACCCGAUGCAGGAUAUUUUCACGGAAAGCUUAAAAUGGCUGUAUUUAUCGGAGGCGUGGCUGUGGGGGCCUAUGUGACCUAUAGAAUAAUGCAAAGAUCUCCUCCGUCGAUCCCGAUCCCAGUUACAGUUCCAGUUCCUGAGGCAGUUGUUCCAGUUGUUGUUAGUGAAAUCCACCCCGCCUCCUUGUGGACAUUGGUCUCUUGGCUAGCCGCUUUAAGAUCCAAGAGUAUGUUACGUCUUGCCAGAUUGACUUCAGGAUCAAGUAUUCGACUGCCCUCUAAGGCUCUGAAUGGCUCUCUAUCUUCUGCUGCCGACGCCGUUGCCAACACAGUAACUCAAGGUCCCCGAGCCGUGACUUCUGCGAUUUCCAGCUCGUCCUUAACUUCUGCAGCCAACGUUGUGGCCAAAACAGUAACCCAAGGACCCCAAGCCGUGACUUCUGCGGUUUCCAGUUCGUCUUUAACUUCUGCGGCCAGCGUUGUUGCUAAAUCUUUACCACCGGAACCGCAAAUUGCAUUGAAUUCUGCUGCGGAAGUAGUGGCCAAAACUUUAACCCAGGGAUCACAAGCUUCCAAAACAGUUGUUGCAGAAACGUUAAAACAGGGGUCAUCCUCAGGUUAUUCCUCUGCUGCCGACGAUCUAACUAAGAAAACUGCCAAAGGAUUUUUCAAAUACUGGAAAUGGACCACACUUUCCUUUGGAAAGGGCUCUGCUGCUGUAAGCCCGGCCCUAACAAACUUCAAAACAUCAUUAGUUAAGGGUGCCACCAACGGUUGGAAAUGGACUGAACCCAAAAUCCAGUCCAUUAGAUCAAACUUGGGAAGGACAUCACAAACAUCCAUCACUGGCAUAGUUCAUGGUUCCAGUUCGGUUGUGUCUUCUGCCGCAAGAAGUUCCGCCAAAGUCAUAGAGAAAGGAACAUUGAAGGCGUACAGUUUAUGGCGACUUAGUUUGGCUCCUGUAAUAUCUUCAAGCUCAUCCUCCAUUUCGACAGCUUCUAGGGCUUUUACUGAAGUUAUUAAGAAACCAUUCACAUCUAAACCCAUUUCUCACAAAACACAGACAGCAACACCAAUGCCUGAACCUAGCCCGAGUCCAACGAGUUCUGCGGAACCUUUAAAAAACCUACCAAAGACUCCACAGUUGGUUCCAGUUUACAAAUUAAUCAUUGUGCUAGCUCCAUUAUGUAUUGCCGCCGCUUGUGUGCCAUACUAUAUGCAAUAUUAUUUAUUUUCACCACCAAAACCAGAACCCAAAAAAGGAAUCGGAUAUUACUCUCCUGCCAAAGAUGUAAUGAAAACUACUUAUAGAGGAGUUAGCAACACCGUAAGUCCGAUCAUAACGGGAACUACAAAAGUUGUAGUUAAAGGAGUAACCUCUGGUUGGAAUUGGACAUCCCACUCUUUUACGAACACUGUAAAGCCGGCCUUAACUGAUUCAACAAGCACUGCAUUAAAUGGUGUAACCACUAGCUGGAACUGGACUGCGUCAAAAGCUGGUUCGUAUCUGGUGUCUCCGCUAAAGAAUAUUUAUAAAUUUACUUUGGACAGGGUAGUACCACCAAAGUCAUAAUAUAGGAUAUUCCUCAAAAAAAAAGUUCUAUGGUUGGCAUGGAUCUUACUAAAGGCAAAAUAAAAAAAUCACAUAUUUUUCCUAAAAAUAAAGAUUAUUCGGGAUGCAA